AUGAAGACCUUUCAGACAUAUCUCAAUUCUUUAUGUAAUGGUACAUAUAGUUGUAUUCGCUGCCGGGCUCACUUAGCGGAUCAUAGCGAAUUGAUCUCCAAGUCGUUUCAAGGUAGCCGAGGACGUGCAUACUUAUUUAAUUCAGUUGUAAACAUUAGCUGCGGUCCUGCGGAACAACGUUACUUAUUGACUGGAUUACAUGUCGUCUGUGAUAUUUUUUGCGAAUGCUGUAAAGCCCCACUUGGUUGGAAAUACGAAGAAGCUUGUGAAUCAAGUCAAAAAUACAAAGAAGGCAAAUACAUAAUUGAACUAGCCCAUAUGAUUAAAGAAAAUAAUUGGAUUAAUAAUCAAGUAUCCGAUCGUCCCUUUAAAGCUGAAGUAAAUUGA